AUGAAUUCAUCGUGUGCCGGCACCCGUACAGUGGAGGACUACCAGAUGAGCGUUUUCGCAAACACUGCUCUCGAGUCCGUGUCCAAACCGUACAAGGAGCGAGCGUGUUGUAGCGCCCACCCGUUCAUGGCCUGCAAGGACUUCGACGAAAAAGAGAGUACGAUCAACGAUGAAGCGAGCAACAAAACAACAAUUACGAUACACGUCGACGUCGACCCUGACAAUGAGUUGCCCGUCUCCGGUCCUGUCUUGGUUUGGUCAAUUUUGCCGCUGUUUGCAGCCGGCAUUGCGUUGGUAGCCUUGGUCUGGUACAAACGUCGUCGCGACGACGAUGAUGCCGAAGAAGACGGGGAACAAUCGCCAGAAGAUAGAUCCGAAGGUCCACCUGAGGAGACCAAUCCGAGCGAGCCUUGA